AUGUUCGGGGCGCUAAGCGCGCCAGUCACCGCUCAAGCGCUUGUCAGUUCCUUCCCGGAAGUCUGCCGGCUCCGCGUCGCUACCCGAGGACUCCGAGAGAAGAGCCAGGAACGCCCGGCCAGGGCCAUGGUCCGCUGCUGGCCACCUAGUAACCGCUACUGCGGCCGCCGCUGUCGCCGCCUACGUCCCGUAAACUUUCCCUGCGGCCGCUGGGAAUUCUGGGAAACUCGACGCAGCGCGAGCGCCGCCGCCCCUCCCCCACCCGCUCCUGGGCGCGGCUCGGGCUAG